AUGAAUGUAUCUAUGUUAUCAUCACCGAUACUUAAUAAUUCUGGUCUUGGUUUAAAUCCUCCUCCUAAACCUCCAGCACCACCUAUUACAGAUAUUCAAAGUAAUAUUGCACUCUUUGGAUAUGCUCUUCUAUUUAUUCUUGGUUCAUUUGGUCAUACAAAUAGUUUUUUAAUUUUUCUUCGACCAAUACUGCGUCAUAUUUCAACAAGUUGUUUAUUCAUUGCAUUAACUAUAUCCGAUUCUGUUUAUCUAUUGGUUAGCAUUUAUGAUUUUAUUAAUACAGGUCUUAAAAUUCGUGAUACAUCAUUGAAUGCUUCAGCUAUGUGUCGAUUUCGUAAUUAUAUUCAAUGGAUAGCCAUGUGUUGUAAUGCAUGGUUAUUGGUUGCUAUUGCUAUUGAUCGAUGGAUUCGUAUUAGAUUUCCAUAUAAAUCAAAACAAUAUUGUACACCACGAAAUGUAUUGAUAAUAACAAUAAUAAUUAUUAUUUUUUUUGCUGGUUUUAAUGCUCAUGUUCUUGAAGCUGAUUAUGGUCAAUUACCAGCUGGUAUAAUGACAGUAUGUGGACCGAAACCAACUAAUCCUAUUUAUAACACAUUUGUUCGUCAAAUUUGGCCAACAUUAUUUUCAUGUAUUCAAACAAUUUUUCCUGCUAUUUUAAUGAUUAUUUUUUCAAUUGAUACAUUUCGUCGUUUAGCUCGACAAACAACAAUUCAAAAUACAAAUCGUGCACGUCGUCGAGUUCAACUUGAUAAUCAAAUGUUAUUAAUUAUGUUAGCUACAAUUGUAUUAUUUGUAGCUACUACAUUACCAUUAGGUUUAUUUAAUAUAUUAUUAACACCUGUUCUUCGUGGACCAAUGAAUCAAAUACAACUAUUACAAUUAUCAUCUAUAGUGAUGUUUAUAGCUGCAAUUAAUCAUACUCUAGAUUUUUAUAUACAUUGUUUAACAAGUCGUUUAUUUCGACAAGAAUUUUUACAAAUUUUUAAAUGUUCCAAUAAAAAUAUACAAGUAGGAACAACAAGUACUACAUUGAAAAUGAAUCCCACGAGAAUCACAAUGACACAAAUUCACGCACGAUGGUUAUCCAAUAUGAAAGAAUAA